GGUAUUUCAAAAGCCAUGAUAUCAGAUCGUUAUAGAAAGGAAGGCGCGAGACGCAGAGGCCUCAGAAAAAUUAUUUUGGACUUCCCGCCAACUCGAUCGACAGUAUUCUUUUUCUUUUUCGCUGCACCGGAGAGAGAGAGGGGGGAAGAAACCGAAAUGGAGUUUAGUCUCAGCGGAAACGCCCUCAAGACCUUCGCUCGGUCAAUCACUUGCCUCGCGCGUGUGGGAAACGAGCUUGCCAUCCAAGCCUCUCCUUCUCAGCUCAUACUUCACACCAUUAAUUCAUCACGAUCUGCCUAUCAAUCUAUUACAUUCAAGUCCGGCUUCUUUGAUAUGUAUACAAUUUCUGGUACACAAGUCCAAUGCAGCUUACUCUUGAAGGCCAUUUGUUCUGUUCUUAGGACACCUAUUUCAUCAAUUAAUCAUCUGAGCGUACAGUUGCCUGGUCCUGAUUCAUCAAAAGUGCAAUGGACUUUAGAGUGCUACAGUGGGAUGAAAAAAUCCUACUGGAUUACUUGCAAUGUUGAGUCCGACAUACAACAUUUAUCUCUUGAUAGAAGAAGAUUCCCAAGCAGCUUAGUUGUGAGGCCUCGAGAUCUCAACAGACUGCUAGCCAAUUUCCAAUCAUCACUCCAGGAGAUUACUGUCAUUGCAACAGAACCUGCUUCCAUGCCUACUGAUGCUGCAAGUGAAAUAGGUGGAAAAGCUGUUGAACUUAGAAGUUAUAUAGACCCGACAAAAGAUAAUGACUCUGCACUACAUACUCAGUUGUGGAUAGAUCCUGUGGAAGAAUUUGUUCAGUAUACCCACACAGGAGACCCUGUGGAUGUGACAUUUGGUGUGAAGGAAUUGAAGGCAUUCCUAGCUUUCUGUGAGGGCUGUGAAGUGGACAUUCAUUUAUAUUUUGAAAAAGCUGGAGAGCCAAUUUUAAUGGCACCAAAAUUUGGUUUAGAUGAUGGAUCCAGUUCAAAUUUUGAUGCUACACUUGUACUUGCUACAAUGCUCAUAUCACAGCUCCAUGAAGGAAAUUCCUCAGAACCUCCACAAGUGGCUACCACAACCCAUGUUCAGGCUGUGUGUGGCACUGGGUCGCAGCCACUGGCAAGGGGUAGAGCAAAUGUGUCUGAGCAUCCUUCUGAUCACACCAGAAUUUGGUCUGAACUUUCAGGCAGUGCGGCAAGAAGUGGAAGUGGUGCUGAUGGAAGACAGGCUCAAGGAGAAAGAAACUUGAAUGCUACUGAACAGAGGGAAAUACAAAGGAUUAGCAUGAUUCAAAUAUCAAAAGAUGCAUGUGCUCAAGUGAAUGAGCCUGCAGGUCCAAGGUGCCAUCCUACAGAAGAGCAUCAUGAGGAGGAAGCUCGAGAUAGACCAGAAAUUAAUGGUCAUGAUUUUUCACAACGACAUCUGAGCAACUGGGUAGAUGCAAAUGAAGAUGAUGAUGAUGAUGCAGAUGAAAAUGAAUUGUGUGUUCAGCCAACGCCACCGUAUUAUGAAGAACAGUAGCACUGAGUGAUCUCUGUCACUAUGAUAGGCAGAUGCUUCUGCUUACUUCUGUUGUUCGCAAGGACACAUUUCUGCUUCUCAUGUUUGUAGAAGAUUCUCCAUUGAAAAGCUUGAAUUAUUGAUGGUGUUAUUAGAAUUUCAGAUGAUGGGAUCUGUCAUUUUCUUAUUUUUCCAGUAAGGUUUCUACUUGAAAUGAUUGUCGGAGCCAACCUGAAAAUUAGUAUGUUGGCUUCAAUUAAUAAUGUCUCGCUGUAUCUAUGUUUCAAUGAUACCUCUUGACAUGAUGAAUGAGAAGAAGUUUGGAUGGAAA